GCUUCUCCGGUUCAAGCGUGAAAACGGUGGAGAGAGCCAUGGCGAUUGGUUGCUUUCAAAUUGCACCAACUCUCAGACCCGAGGAUCUGCUGGUGGACGUGGACGCCAAGCGCUUGACGAGGACCAGCGCCGCCACAACACCAGAUGCGAAGGCGAAGGAGGUGCACUUCGAUGAACCACAGCUGCGGCGUAGCGCCAGGGAGGCCCGACAGGACCGGCGUCACGCAAAGCUCAGGAACUUUCUCCACAAGUAUGGUUUCAGCGAUGUCAACCGUCCAGUGAUGCUUCUAGGUGGCAAGGACGAGCCCCAUGAUGAAGUCUUCCCAGUUCAUGUUGCUGCGCAUCUUGGAGAACUGGUCAUGCUUCGUUAUUUGGUGGCUGCGGGGGCGGAUUUGCAGCGAAAAAGCGGGCGCGGCUUUUCCGCACAAGACUUUGCCGAGAGCAACCUCUCUGGCCUCAGGCACCAGAUGG